AUGCCCGGAAGAAGCCGUGCUAUGAAUCGCCACCUGCGCGGCCCGCGGCUCUACUGCCAGCUACGCACUCCGGCGGUUGGGGGUCCCCCCGGCCUCCGCCAAAACCGGCUCGUACGGCAGCAACAUGGGCUUUGUGACACAGCCCCCCAGCUCAGCUCGGUCCCGGCCAGCGCGGCCGGGCCACGCCCAGGAAUUCCCUACGUUUCGGGGAUCGGCCUACACGAGCACGUCGGGCCCAACAGCACAGCCGUCGCCGGCCUUGGUGGCCACCGACGCGCACGGCAACACCGCGGCCACCUAGCAGAGUGCACCGCGCGGCCGUACACCGCUCCUUCACGGGCAUUGAAGAGGGAUGGGCUUUUCUGUCUUCCAGCCCCCGCCUACUUCCCUGCGGUGUUGGCGAUGCCUUCACUAGAAGAUCCCACCUACAUCUGUUGGGCUUUGUUCGGGGUUUUCUCACCCAAGUACACCAGCCUGUCGUUGGCAUCGUCUGUCUAUAUCCACUGGAAGAUGGUCAGCCUACCGCCGGCAGUACCUGCCCGUCUUCUCUCUACCUUCCCGCCGGCUCAUAUCUAUACCAUGUCGCAACCUCAUCAUGCGCACCUACACCUUCUUAAUCACCGCGAGGAGGAAUACAGCACCGCUCCUUGGAUCGCCCGCGUGCCUAUUCCGCCUUCAUUUCUCGUUCCUGUGUCUCACCUAGGCGUAGCGUAUAUGAAUAUUUCCUUGGACCGCCGGUCUCUACUUCUCGAGAGUGGUCUGCCGUUAGAAUUGAGGGCUUCCCUAAGCCGGGCGACCGCUGCAUAAAUACCAGUUAGAAAGAGGCCGACGACAGGAUAGAGGGCUUCCCAAGUCGACGGGAUCGCUAUAUAAUCGCUAUCAACAACAAAGCCGGGCACCUUCCGCCUGGGUCCUGUGCCGUUUUGAAGACCUGCGACGGACGACAGCACCGGCUUUACGCCCAAAGGUCGACAGCAGGCUAGGGAUUCCCGAAAGGGAUUUGGAAAUGCGGCGCUCGCUGUUUGAUUGAGAUCAAUAAAGAGGUUGCCAGCCAAGACUGUGCGCCCCGUGAGUGGUCUACAACCAGGACCAAGCUGCCACAUGGCUCUCAAGACAUACGCCGUCUUCCGGGUUACUAUACCCGCCCACAUUCGCUUACGAAGGGGAUGCGUAUGAUGUUGAAGGAAAG